CACAGCUAGGGCUAGACUUCUCUACAUAAUGAAGACUUUCCCAUUACCCUUUGUAGGCAUUGUAAGCCUGUAUCUUACAUUACCAACCACGGUGGGUCAGAAUAUAGAGUAGCAAGCCGUCUUUAGAUAGGUUUAGACAUUGUCAUCGCAAAACCUUCAUUUGUAGUCUAAAAUAAUCACGUGGUUUUGUGGUUUUCACACUUUCUUUCUUUUUAUAAUAAAUAAGUUCUGGUUCUUUCUGUACAUGUCACAAUCUAACCAAAGUAACAUACCCCUUUCAGAUCCCGAGAACAAUAGAAGACCAGUCUUGCAGCCACCAUUAAGAACUCAACAAUCCAAUAGCUGGCCCUCAUUAUCUUCAAUCAUGGCUUUAUUUAGUGGAUCGCGAUCAGAACAAGACCAAGUGGAAAAUAAGCACGGAAACGAAACAAUUGAUGAGGAAUUGUCUUGUCCCAUUUGUCAAGACUUAAUGAAUGAAGUCUUUUCUACGAAUUGUGGCCACUCAUAUUGUUAUCAAUGCAUCAAAGCGCAUAUUGAACAACAAACGACAUGUCCCCUGUGCAGAUCUGUAUUAACCAGAGCCGAAAUACAUCCCAAUUUUCAAUUAAAUAAGCUUGCUCAACUCCGCAUUAAAGCAUUAAAAGAAAAUAACCCGGAACGGCAUGUUCCUAUCGAAAGAAUCAUUCAGAAUAGUAAUGGAGAUUGUACAUCAAUAGCCAAGCUUUUAUCCUCAUAUCUGCCUCAUAAAGAUCUAGUCGAAAUACUCGAAACGGCUAUCACCAAUAGCAAGGAAACGGGAGAAGAUCGUAAAAAAGAAAAAAAUGAAAUGAUGCAACAUUUUCUAGGGUGUCUCAAAAAAGAAAAUGAACAAACAAUCGAUACUUUGAUCGCUGAAAACGGUUGCAUUGAUAAUGAUUUUACGUGCUUAGAUAACAAAAACCAGACACUACGAAAGCGAAGAUAUGCGGAAAUAGAAUCAAAUAAUGAAGAAGAAAAAACUAAUUAUGACCAAAAGAGUAUAACCCCCCAAUCAAAUCAAUCAACUAAUACUUACUUCAGAGGAAAGUUCCACGAUCUGACAGCUCUUUACCGCACGACAUUUACUACAGAUUUAAAUAUCGAAAAAAGGAGGAAAUUAAUGGACGUUUUCUCAACAACAAUGUAUGAUCUAACAAAAUUCUCCUAUUUUGACGAAGUGGAUUCCCUAAAUUAUACCGAAAGUUCUGCAACAUCAUCCAUUGUUUCUUCCAUAGAAUUUGACCGUGAUCAGGAGUUUUUUGCAAUGGGUGGUGUUACUAGGCAGAUCAAAAUUUAUGACUAUAACUUGAUAGGGCAAAAAUGUUACUCCAACACAUUGCAUUGCCCAGUUCGUUCUAUAAACUGUUUAAACAAGAUUAGUUGUUUAUCAUGGAGUCCUUAUAUCAAAUCACUAAUAGCAAGCUCGGACUAUCAAGGUAUCAUAGAUAUCUGGGACGUCACAACAGGCCAGAAGACACAGAAAUUUACAGAACAUUUGAGUCGUGCCUGGAGUGUUGAUAUUUGUGCCAAAAACCCAGAUAUGUUAGCUUCGGGUGGUGACGACUCCACCGUUAAAGUGUGGUCUUUAUCUCAAAACACAUCGCUCUAUACAUUGGAACAAAACGGAAAUGUUUGUUGCGCAAAGUUUUCUCCAAAUAAUAUACACCACAUAGCGGUUGGUUGUGCUGGUAUUUCAAAUGCAUACAUCUUACUACAAACAUUGAGCUCAUUUUUCACUCUUUAUACAGAUCAUGGAGUUAGCUUUUAUGAUUUACGUUUUCCAAACGAACCCGUUAAAAUAUUUGAAGGUCAUAAAAAGGCUGUUUCCUAUGUCAAAUGGCUAAAUGACGAAGAAAUCAUAUCAGCCUCAAUUGAUAGCACAUUGAAACUAUGGGAUGUAAAUUCGACGGAUUGUAAGAUGACAUUUGAUGGACAUCAAAACGAAAAGAACUUUGUUGGAUUAUCAUUAAACGGUGAUUGGAUCACCUGCGGUAGUGAAAACAACACCGUUUAUACAUAUCACAAAGCCUCGCAACAUCCAGUAGCAACCUUCGACUUUGCAGAUAACGGACAUGAUGAGAAUACACCUACUGCAGACAUAUCUGCUACCUUUGUAAGCUCAGUGUGUUGGAAGAAAGGCACGACCGAAAUGAUAGCAGCUAAUAGUAAAGGCUUGGUUAAGAUCUUGGAAAUGAAGUAAUACAUAUUAUCUUGAUCUGUUCCCGUGAUGGGAAUUUGAAGAGACAAUACAGUAACUCCCUUAUUAAAUUUUACAAUAAAGAGAAGAAAGAUUUUCGAAAUUAAAUGAUACUUUGAUCAAUAAAUAAGCAAGAAGAUGU